CAGCUCUCCAACACCGGUCUGACCAGCCUGAUGCAAAGACUCCGGAAGGUACAGGUUACUGAAGAUGAUUGCGCUCGUUCUGUGUCACAUCCACCAGAGCUUUUCUUUUUGUGUACCGUAUAAAUUUGAUAAUUUGAUCAUCGGUAGUUCUGCUUCAAUUCAUUUUCGGGUUACUACUACACCUAGUCUUCUCUUCCUAGACAAAAAAUUGGAAAACAGUCCCUCAAGGUGGUAUAUCACCACAUCCUCGUUUUCUGACAAUGACCUAAUUCAAAAACAGGUACGAGAAACCGAAGACAAAAAGGAAGCGGGGCAUAUCAACGUGAAAAUUACAGCUACAGCGAUCAUACCAAUAGAAAUGACAAUAAUAAAUGCGGUCGCAUAACUGAGCUCUGUAUUAUGUGUUCUUGCAGUAUGCGAAGCGGUGAUUUCUAAUGCGCGAAGUGUACAAGGAACUUGUAAUGCGCUACUGGCAUGAAAUCCGUCUUGUCGAAGGGGCUUCUUUCUAAUGCGAAAAAACAGUUGCAUGUCGACAAAUCAUGUUGUGGUAUGGUAUGGGUGUACUUUUCUGUAGCAUAUGUCACCACCAUCGGCAGGGACGAGAACGAGAUGCAAAUCAUGGUGCAGAAUUAUGUGUCUUCGAAGAACGUCUUGCACAGCGUGUCGCGUCUCUCUGUCCCCGUGACCAACUCUGA